CGGGAGUGCAUCGUGGUCAAUGCGUUUGUUUGGCCGUCAUGUCAUGUCCGCCUUGGAUGACGGUGCUUUGCGGCAUCUCCACCUUUGUUGGUCCCGGCUUUUGGACAAAGCGGUUGCAAUCAACGCCAAGACCAGACCGUCGUCACCACUAACUACUCACCCACAACAUCACCAAUCCCAACACCCACUCACUCACUCACUUCCCCAGGCCAACUCUUCCAAAACGCGAGAUGCGCUCCCUCCUACACAAACAAGCCCUCAUAACCGGCGGCGGCUCCGGCAUCGGUCUCGCCAUCGCCCGCCGUCUCUACCUCGAAGGCUGCUCCGUGACUCUCUUGGGGAGGACCGAAUCCACCCUUCAACGCGCCUCCCAAUCUCUCCUUUUAUCCCAGCCACUACACAGCCCAGCACAACAACCAUCAGACACAAAGAGGGUAUCCUACCACCCCCUAAACGUCACUAGCGCUUCGUCCUGGGAGGACCUCUUACAGAGUAAUUCAAAAGGUGGUAAAGGGAGGGUAGACAUCCUCAUCAACUGCGCAGGCAUCACGCAGCGGAGUCCAUUAAUGAAGACUUCUAUCGAGGAAGUGGAAGGGUUGUUGGAUACGAAUUUGCGAGGGACCGUGUUGGGGUGUAAGUUUGUGGGGAGGGCUAUGUUGCGGAAUCGGCCAAGUCAGCAGCACCCGAGAGUGAAAGCGGACGAGGGAGGAGCAGAAGGGGUGAUGGAGGGGACAGAAGAGGAAGGGAAAGGGGAAGGGAAAGGACAAGGGGUGCGAGAGGGAGUACAAGAAAGGGGAGUAAUCAUCAACGUGGCAAGUCUACUUGCGCAAAAGGGGGUGAUUGGGACGAGUGUCUAUGCGGCUGCUAAGGCGGGGGUUGUUGGCUUAACAACCUCCCUCGCACACGAGUACGGCAGAUCCGGGAUAAGAGUCAACGCUGUUCUGCCGGGCUACAUCGAAACGGACAUGACUACCGGUCUCAAAAACCCUUCCAUUCUCCAACAAAUUCCCCUAGGCCGCUUCGGAACAACAGAUGAAGUCGCCGACGCUGCCCUGUUCCUUAUCAAGAACCCGUAUGCAAACAACUGCGUACUUAAUCUUGAUGGAGGGUUAAGUGCUGUCUGAAACGACACACCGCUUCCCGUGGGUAUCUGUGGCUAGUAGGUAUAGCAAGAAUAGCAAGCAAGCCAUGUGGUAAUCAUAGUAUAUACCGACCAUAACUACGGCCUACGGUAGCAAUAAUGAACCGCGCACAAGACACGGCAAAGGGGUGAUGGAAGAUCAGUCAUCAUCAAUCACGAUAGCUCCCGCACUAUCCUCGAUAAAGACGAUAUCGUCAUCCGCCGCCUUGUCGUUGGCCUUGAUCUUCUUGACCGAUGGACCCUCUGCGUCUUCGGGGUGGCCGCGCUUGAGCGACUUGGCUGGUGUCGUCAUUGGCUCAUCGCCAUCAAGGUUUAUUACUCCUCCGUUCUGGCCGU